AUGCCCUGGGAGGAGGCUGAUGGCACAAUUGUCCGCAGAAAGCACAAACGUGUGCAGAAGAAGGCUCCGCCCAGUGAGUCACAGCAGCGCCACCAAGCUGUGAAGAGGAAAGCCCCGAUGAAGAAAAUCAACUGGUGUCCUGGGAAAGGGUAUGUGGAGUUCCAAAAGCUUCUUGCAACUGGAAAACAAAUUGAGUGUGAAGUUUGCAAGGAAGCGAUGGAGGAAUGUGGCUUUGAUGCAGAAGAGUUGAAGAAUGAGGUAGAAUCAGCGCUUGCAGGAGACAAGGCUGCUCCGGCUGAAGGCAAUGUUGGCAAUCCUGAGCAGUCAGAUGGGCCUCCUGCAGCCAAGAAAAGAAGGAGGGGCCCAAGGUCAGAAGUCCAGGAUGUUUGGAAACGCGAAGAAGAUGCAAGAGCUGCAGCCAAAGUGUUUGAGCCACAUCUUGUUCUUCUACCUCUGGGAAGUCACAACAAGAAGGUACCUUAUCGCUGUUGGAUUUGCACCAGCGUUAAGCAACCAGAAGGUAAAGUGGGUGAAUGCAAGCAGAUGACCCCUGGAUCAGUUCGGCAUUUUAUGCAGCAGCAUGUUGACUCCGAAG